AUGCAAGUUUUCAAAAAUUUGGAAGAAUUAAAGAUUGACCUCAAUUUUAGUUAUACCUUUGCUGAACAUGACCUGUUGACAAUAAUGGAGAGGGAUUUAAUUGGAAAUUUGAAGGUUUUGGAUGUUUCUGGAUGUGCCUCUUUAAAUUUGAGUUCACUUUUCAGUGAAAAUUCCAAAGUUACAAAGCUUGAGAAAUUAAUUAUCGACCAAGCAAGAGUAUCAUUAUCAUCCAUUGCAAAUUGGAAAUAUGCCUCUCAUUUAACCUACCUUUCAGCAUCUGAUUGCUCAUUCACAGAUCAAGAUUUUGAACUACUUGUUGCUCCAAAUUCGAAUCUUUGCAAUUUGACCUAUUUGAAUAUUCAAAAAAGUUUCAAAUAUUCAAUUGAUAAUAUGAAAGAGGUUAAAUUAUCAGAAACUUUGAAUUUUACACAAUUGAAAUCAUUAAGGAUGGGUUGGAACAUGUUUUCACCCUUUGCAAUUUCUCCUCGAGUUAAAUUCAACAAUAUGAUUACUUUGGACAUGUCUGGUUUGAAAAUUGGAGAGAAAGCUUUCAAAUCCGUCAUUAGAAACCAAUCCUUAAAAAGUUUGGAAAAUUUAACAGUGAGAGAGUGCAGACUUGGUUGGGAAUUCAUUGAAGCAUUGGUCAAUCCAACCAUUAACUGUCUCAAAAGUUUAAAAACUCUCAAAAUGAAUGACAAUAAGAUUUCUAACAAGGGAAUGAUUCUCCUCUCCAAUUCCAAAUUACUAUCUCAAUUGACCAUUAUUGAAUUGGAUAUUAAUUUCAUUGGAAUAGAGGGUGCCACUUCAAUCCUUGAAAAUUACGAAAAAUUCAAACAUUUGAAAUACAUUUCAUUGAAAAAUAACAACUUUGGAAAGAAAUUACUUGAAUUUAGAGAAUGCAACAUAUCCAAUGCAAUUGUAGAUGAUUGUAUUUGA